AGCUACUACCAGUAUCUAGCCACCAGUAGUACUUACUUGAUACUACAAACGAAUAGACUCUAGAAGCCAACCAUGACACGAGGAGGAGGCGUAGAAUCAGCGGUGCUCCCCGCUGUGGAUCUGGAGGCGUCUCCGGUACAAGGACAACUGGCGUCGGCAGUGUUGGAUUUGCAAGGCAACAUGGUUCGUGGGCAGCUGUCACCACCAGAUGCCGAUACAUUGUUUCGAAUGCUAGUCGAAGCAGGAAGCUUGGAGACGACCAUGGAAGGAGCCGGAGGAUUCCGUAGACUGACUGUCACAUUCUCGAGCAUUCGAUAUGUGGUGGCAAGAGACGAAGAACAUGUCUAUAUUGUUCAAACAAGGGCCGGAUAGACAGAGAAGGGUACUACAACAAUAUGUCCUUGCCCAAAUAGACCACAGUUUCCGUGUUGAUGUAGAGAGGUAUCUGGAAAUUCAUUUGACCAUUGCUUUACUGGUAGUUUCUGCCUCAUCCCAAAUUGCCCAAAAAAGCAAUGAUAUCGGAAGAUUUUUUCCAGUUCGGGGCUGGCUAAAGAUUGACAAUCACUCGGGUUGCUUCUCCCAAUAUUCAUUACAAGAGUUUCUCUAGCCAGUCAGUUCUAGUUGACGGUGUUUAAAACGCUUUGUCGCUUCGUCAAUUUUCUAAACCACUUUCUAGUUUGUUUUUUAAACAGUGUCU